AUGUCUUUGCCCCAGAGGCCGGGAAAGGUCUCCCCACGGCGAGAGGAAACGCAGGCGUUCCGAGACACCUCGCGCAGACGACGUCGGGAUAUCGAGUCGGGCGACAACAACGAGACACUGUCCAGCCCACAUCGACACCACCAUCGCCGCCAUUCGCACAGCUCCAGGAGAACUAGGGAUAUGGACGAAGAGAGACUCGAACCCGGUGGGCACAAGAAGAGUCAAGUGAGGCCAGAGCGCAGUCGCAUCGAUGAGAACCAUCCCAACUAUCACUAUAGUCAAAAGUCUCAAAAUAUGCCGGUAUUCCCGUCAACAACCGGGAAUGAACCGCUGAUCGAAGGCGAUGAGCUCAACAGAGACAGUUCGCAAAGUACAGAGCACGGAGGAAGGGACGGUGAUCUUACACACGGAAAUAUCAACAAGCCCAUGGAGCGGGCGCCGAGCCGUCAUCGGUCGAAGAGGAAGAAGUCUCGAAAACUCUCAAGAAAGGCAGCUGCAGAGGAAAAACGACGGCAGAAGGCCAUGGAGCAAGUUCGUCCGCCGAGCCCCUGGAGUGCUUACUGUGCAAUCAUCACUUUUUGGGCCCCCAACUUCAUUCUGAAAUGUUUUGGGAUGCCGCAGAAGGCUCAGCGAGAAGCCUGGCGUGAGAAAAUAGGUCUUAUCAGUCUCAUUCUCCUUAUCGCAGCAUUUGUCGGUUUCCUCACGUUUGGUUUCACUGCAACUGUUUGUUCGUCGCCUCCGACACGGUUGAAGAUCAAUCAUGUCGACCGUGGGUACAUGAUCUUUCAUGGGGAGGCUUAUGACCUAUCUCGGUCGAAGCAUCCAGCGGCUGCGGGUAUUCCGGGUGACUCUAACGUUCUCUAUGACUUACCUCACAAGUAUGGAGGACAGGACGGAAGUUUCUUCUUCCAACAGGUCAACGGCGCCUGCAAAGAUCUCAUCACCUUGAAACCAGGAUCAGAUAUCCCUUCGAAUUCAGACGGAGAUCUCGCCUGGUACUUCCCCUGUACAGCUUUCGAUCAAGAUGGCUCCUCGAAGCCGAACUUCACCUCGCCAUCCUAUAAUGGCUGGGGCUGCCACACUUCGGGAACCGCUCGGAAGGCAUUCUACAGCCUGCGGAGCUCAGGCGAUGUGUACUUCACGUGGGCUGAUACAAGGAACAAGAGUCGAAAUCUUGCGGUUUACUCAGGAAACGUCCUGGACUUUGACCUUCUGAACUGGCUCGACGAAUCUCAGGUCAACAUUCCCGCUAAAUUCACUGAACUUCGCACGAACCCGGAUGUGCGCGGCGUUGACUUGACGUACUACCUCCAAACGGGCGAGGAUAAAAGGAUUGGAAAGUGCCUGUCACAGAUAAUCAAGGUCGGUACUAUUGAUACGGACACGGUUGGUUGUAUCGCGUCCAAGGUGGUUCUCUACGUGUCCUUGAUAUUCAUCCUAUCGAUUGUCGCCGUCAAAUUCGUUUUUGCCUUGUUCUUCCAGUGGUUCGUCUCUCCUCGGUAUGCGGCUUCGAAGACCAGCAUGGGAGCCGAUUCGAAAACCCGCAAGCAGGAGAUUGAGGACUGGUCGAAUGACAUCUAUCGGCCUGGUCCUCGCCUUGCCGACCAACACUUGCCUGACCGUCCUACUAAGCGAGCCAGCUUCUUACCGACAACAUCACGAUUCUCCAGUCCCUAUACUGUGAGCAACGGAGGCAAACAAAGGCCUCAGUUCGUUACGAUGGCCAGUCAAAACUCCACCUCCCGGCUACUCCCAGGCACCGCGAAUUCUAUGUACAAACAGAGCCACAACAGCAGUGGUGGCUCAUUGCAUCUAGAGCCAUCGCGUCUGAACCCGUCUGCGAGUCGCUCAAGCCUCGUCGUCGCGGCGGAGUCCGAUGGCAUCGGGUCAUCUGCAUAUAUCCACGAAGCGGUUGUCCCACAACCUCCUCCUGAAUGGCAGCCGUACGGGUUUCCUCUUGCUCACGCCCUGUGUCUGGUCACUUGCUACUCUGAAGGCGAAGAAGGUAUCCGUACUACGCUGGACUCUAUCGCCAUGACCGAUUACCCCAACAGCCACAAGACUAUCAUCGUCAUUUGUGAUGGUAUGAUCAAGGGCAAGGGUGAAGAAUACUCCACCCCGGAAAUCGUCCUUCGCAUGAUGCGAGAUCCUGUCAUUCCCAUGGAUGAGGUUGAGGCAUUCUCCUAUGUGGCCGUUGCCACCGGUUCCAAGCGUCAUAACAUGGCGAAAGUGUAUUCCGGGUUCUACGACUACGGCGAGACCUCCGUUAUCCCGCCGGAGAAGCAGCAGCGUGUACCCAUGAUGAUCAUCGUGAAGUGCGGUACACCGGCUGAGGCAACGCAGGCAAAGCCUGGAAACAGAGGCAAGAGAGACAGUCAAAUUAUUCUUAUGUCUUUCCUGCAAAAGGUCAUGUUCGAUGAGAGAAUGACGGAACUGGAGUAUGAAAUGUUUAAUGGGCUCUGGAAUGUGACAGGGAUACCGCCAGACUUCUACGAAGUCGUCCUCAUGGUUGACGCAGAUACAAAAGUUUUCCCCGACAGCUUGACCCAUAUGAUUUCUGCUAUGGUGAAAGAUCCAGAUGUCAUGGGGUUGUGUGGCGAGACCAAGAUCGCCAACAAGACAGAUAGUUGGGUGACAAUGAUCCAGGUCUUCGAAUACUUCAUUUCGCAUCAUCAAUCGAAGGCUUUCGAGUCGGUAUUCGGUGGUGUGACGUGUCUGCCUGGCUGUUUCUGUAUGUACCGCAUCAAGGCGCCCAAGGGAGGCCAGAAUUAUUGGGUUCCCAUCUUAGCCAAUCCCGAUGUGGUGGAACACUAUUCUGAGAACGUGGUGGACACUCUCCACAAGAAGAACCUGCUUCUUCUGGGUGAAGAUCGUUACCUGUCGACUCUGAUGCUGCGAACUUUCCCCAAGCGGAAGCAGAUCUUUGUGCCCCAGGCUGUGUGUAAGACCGUGGUGCCAGACAAGUUCUCGGUGCUUCUCUCUCAGCGUCGUCGCUGGAUCAACAGUACUGUCCACAACCUCAUGGAACUCGUGCUCGUCCGGGAUCUUUGCGGAACAUUCUGCUUCAGUAUGCAGUUUGUCAUCUUCAUCGAGUUGGUCGGCACCCUUGUCCUUCCAGCAGCCAUCGCAUUCACAUUCUAUGUCGUCGUCAUUUCCAUCAUCAAGAAACCGGUCCAAAUCAUCCCCCUGGUACUACUCGGGCUCAUCCUGGGUCUGCCGGGUGUGCUCAUUGUCGUGACUGCGCAUCGCUUGGUUUACGUGUUGUGGAUGUUGAUCUAUCUCGUUUCACUUCCAAUCUGGAACUUUGUCCUUCCGACGUAUGCUUACUGGAAGUUUGACGACUUCAGCUGGGGAGACACUCGUAAGACGGCGGGAGAAGAGGACAAGGGCCAUGAAGCCGGCGAGGGAGAGUUCGAUAGCAGCAAGAUUACGAUGAAACGUUGGCGAGACUUUGAAAGAGAUCGCCGACUGAGAAUGCAGAGUGGAUGGGCACAACCUCCUUUUGGCGGAGGGUAUCCCGCACAAUAUGAGCCCUACUCGGACUAUUGA